AUGGCGGAGCCAACCAAGCAAGAAACCGAACAAGUUUUCAAAGUAUUGAAGGCCCAAAAGGCGAACAAGUCAUGUUUCGACUGCAAUGCACGGAAUCCGACAUGGUCCAGCGUUACUUUCGGUGUCUACAUCUGCCUGGAGUGUUCCAGCGUGCACAGAAACAUGGGCGUGCACAUUAGCUUUGUUCGAUCUACGAAUCUCGAUAGCUGGCAGUUAGGCCAGCUGCGCACUAUGAAGGUCGGCGGUAACGGAUCUGCCAGGGACUUCUUUGUCAAGCACGGUGGAUCGACGUUGUUGGAUAACUCUGACACGAAGAAGAAGUAUUCCAGUAGGGUUGCUGAGUUGUACAAGGAGGAGCUGGCCCGUCGCGUGAAGGAGGACAUCUCUCUUUAUCCCACUGGUAUCUUUGUCGAAGGCAUGGACGCACCAUCCGUCGCACCUCCUAAGGAGGAGACCGAGGACGAUUUCUUCAAUUCCUGGUCUAAGCCCACAACUCCCAAAACGUCGAAUCCCAGCACUCCCCGUAUAUCGACGCCACCUAUCAUUGGCAAAACACCCUCUGCAAGCUCAGCCAGUAGCAGCGUAGCCAGCCCUGUAUCAGCUACCUCUCCGUCCGCUGCAACGACCCCUCGUACCCUCACGUCUUCUGCAGCUGCUCGACCCGCUCGCCUCGGAGCUGGAACCUCGCGAUUGAACUCUGCUUCAUCAACAGGAUCAGCGGCACCUGCAGUCAAAAAAUCUAAGCUCGGUUUAGGUGCAUCUAAAGCUAAGCCUGUCGACUUUGCAGAAGCCGAGCGAAAAGCAUUGGAGGAGGCAGAGAGGAUCAAGCAGCUUGGGUACGAUCGCGAGCGAGAGGCAGCCGAGGAAAAGGCCAGACAGGAGGCAGAGGCUUUAAGACUAUCUAGGGAGAUCGGAUCGAGAGCUACCAUGGCAGCUGCGGCGCCUGGAAAUGGGGCCGCCCGCAAAUUUGGUGCAGUCCCAGACCCGCAGAAGACUGCCGCGUUCCCCAGACUUGGCUUUGGGGCCGUCCCCGGCGCGGGUGCUGCUGCUGCUGUUGCCGCGGCAGCCGCUUCAUCUACAAGAAGCACUCCCGUUGUAGAUGAUGCACCCACAACUGCCCGCGAGAAAUUUGGUAAUCAGAAGGCUAUCUCUUCGGAUAUGUACUUUGAGAGGGGAGAUUAUGACGCGAACAGCACGCGUGAGGCACAGACCCGACUUCAGUCUUUCCAAGGCGCGACGUCAAUCUCUUCUAAUCAAUACUUUGGACGUGAGGAAGACGAGGAAUUGGGCUACGAGCGAGGAAACGACGGUGGCUUGCUGGGCGACGGUAGUUUGGCCGGGCUGGAAAAUGCUGCGAAAGAGGCUAUAUCCAGAGUCAUGGCCAACCCCGAUGUUCAAAACGUCGGGGAAAGUAUUCGUACAGGAGCUCUCAAGCUCUCUGAAUAUUUGGCAUCAAUGUCUGUGGAACGUUAA